AGCUUUCCAAUUUCUUCAGAAGGAUUCAAGGAUAAUUUCAGGAAGUUUAUUGACAUCAAUAGACAUGAAGAAAAUGCUGUCAGUGAUACAAAUUGCUUUCAUUCUUGUGCCAGCUUGCUUUGGCAGAGUUCUAGACUCUCAAACCUUUCAAGCAGUUAGAAGUGCAAAAAUGACAGUCAAGCCUUCAGAAAAUUUGAGGAGGGCGUUUCUCCAUCCAACGCUAAGCAUUAGAUCUAGACCUAGUAGAGUUAUCAAUGUUAUGGCUGGAGAAGGGAAAUAUUUGGAGUGUGAAGCAGGUGGAAGCCCGGCACCUACUAUCCACUGGUUAAAAGACGGAAAGAAAAUGCCACAGAAUAUGUAUGACAACAUUGGUUCAGAAGAGGAUAAUGAUCUUAUGUCAUCGAAACCACGUUUAGGGUUGGGAUUUACCCGAUCGCGUCUAUUCAUUGACUGUGCAACUGCGAAAGACACUGGCAUCUACACUUGUGUUGCUGAAAACGCAUAUCUCAGAGACAGUAAAAGCGGAGAAGUUCUCGUGACCCAAGAACUUGAAUCAGGGAAUGAUGCACUGUGCAUGGCAAAAAAGACCUAUGGUUCUCCAGCAAGAAUUCACAUGUGGACACACACUCGACUUGAAAUCAUGGGCAGCGACGUGACGCUUUUCUGCAGAAGCAAUGGUGCUCCUCAACCUCAAGUGACCUGGAAAGGACCGAACGAAAAUGUACUGGAGGAUUCACAGAAAUAUCAGAUGCUUGACAAUGGAGACUUAUUGAUUCACAAUAUUCAGUGGUCUGAUAUGGGCGGCUACAUGUGCCAUGUUGAAAAUGCUGAAGGCUCAGAUGAAACUCUCAUAUUCUUGUAUCCGACAUUGGUAAAGUAUUUCAAAAACCCGAAAGUGGAAAAAAUGUGAAAGGAUAAAGGGGGAAAAAAAAGCGCGAUUUUUUUUUCCUGGCUGUCAUCAAACGUACAUCAUAUCGUUUUUUUCUCUUCCAAUAUUUCAUUACUAUGUUUUAUUACAUGAAACAUGCACAAGUCAGAACAUCUUCAAAUACGAAGCUUUUGGAUAUUGUUCUGGAUUACUACGAUUUCAGAAGUUUUGUACUUGCUAGUCGGGCUUGAAACAGGGAAUUCAUUAAUGUAUCAUCUGUGUAAGAUAAAGUAGUACUUCUUGAAUACUAUUGGUGUUUGAUAUUACUCUUCGUGUGAAUCUUGAACUAUGUGAAAUGUUUCUUAUAAUUUUUAAGCACUCUGGUGCCAUUCUUUUAUUGUAAACUUUGUAUACACUUAAUGAAUGUAUUUUUGUUAAAGAAAUAUUUUGCUUGGAUUAAAAUGUAUUAAGCAUUAAACUGCUUUCAAACUUA